AGUGACGCUCCUUGAUCAAUGCAAGAUUCUCGCUAUGUGAUUAUGAAACCUCGCAUUUGAUGUUCGCAAAUCUAAGCGGUAGCAACGACUGCUAAACAAGUUAUAUUCUUACUCGGAGUAUAUUUUGGUUUUUACUUUAAAGCUGAAUACGCAACAAGAAGCAUUGUAGAACAUCAUAAAAUAAAUAUCUUGGGCAAGCAAUAAGUAUAUGUAGGUAGUAUCUAUAAUGUAUUGAUAAAUGGAAAUAUUUUAUUACACAGUUGACAUGAAGUUUCGGAUUGCAUUAUUAUUGGUUCUCGUAUACGUCAUCGAAGUUUCCUUACGGCGAAUCGAAUCAGCAGCCGAAAUAUUUGAUCGAGAAAGAUAUGAAAGAAGCCGAAAUAGGCCCAAAGGAAAACCAUUCAAUCCGGUAGCUAAUGACGAAAAAGCUCUUGACUUUGUAGCACUUGUAAAUGCCUUUGGAUAUCCGGCAGAGGAAUAUACUGUGAAAACGAUUGAUGGAUACAAAAUUCGCAUCCAUCGAAUACCUGGAAGUCCAUCGAAUUUAGGAACGAGAGGAAAGCCCGUUGUUUUUAUGCAACAUGGCUUAUUGGCAUCUUCUGAUUCGUGGGUUCUCAUGGGUCCAACACAUGAUUUAGCUUAUAUGUUGGCUGAUGUGGGUUUUGAUGUUUGGUUGGGCAAUACCCGUGGGAAUACUUAUUCGCGUAAGCAUGUUAGUCUUUCUCCAGACUACGAUGAAGAUUUUUGGCGUUAUAGCUUUCACGAAAUAGCUCUAUAUGAUAUAACAACAGCUAUUGAUUAUAUUUUGCAACUGACAAACCAACGGCAAAUCAUAUACAUCGGCCAUUCGAUGGGUACGACAAUAAGUUAUGUCCUUUUAUCCGAAAAGCCUGAAUACAAUGAUAAAAUUAAACUAGUUAUCAGUUUGGCACCGGCAGCAAUUUGGCACAAUAGAUCCAAUGAAAUAACUAAUUUUUUAUUAGACCAUGCCGAUAAAAUCAGGGACAUUAUAAAAAAGGGAAAAAUUUAUGAACUUUUGCCAUUAACGAACUCUUUGGUUGAAUUUGGGAGAAAGAUAUGCGGAAACAGUAGUCCUUAUCAAAAAUUGUGCCUAAAAUUGCAAAGCCUUUUCGUCGGUGAUAAUCUAGAACAAACAAAUACGUCUCUAGUUGCACAUACACUGCAGUAUCUUCCUGCAGGAAUCUCUGCACAUACAGUUGAUCACUACAGUCAAGUUGUACAAUCAGGCCAUUUCAAAAUGUUUGACUAUGGAAUCGUUGAGAAUUUUAAAAUCUACAAACAGAUACAUCCACCACUAUACAAUUUAAGUAAUAUCGUCGCACCAAUAGCUAUAUUGUAUGGUAACGGCGAUACAUUGAUACCCGCAGAAAAUGCGGUUCAAUUAUCUAAAAUGCUACCGAACGUCCUUACGAUUGAGACGGUGCCAGAUGGGAAAUUUAAUCAUUUAGACUUUCUAUUUGCACGCGAUCUAAAAAUAUUGUUAAAUGAUCGCUUGGUUGAAAUCAUAGCUCAGCUGACUCAACCUCGAAAAACGGGAUCAUUAUCCUGAUGCACAUACAACAAUGAUGCUCCAGAUAAAAAAUAACUAGAACUUUAAAAAGUACGAGAUCUUCUUUGCUCUUAUCUUAAUUGACGAUCGUGCUUGCUUGCAUGCAUACAUAUAAUAUACAACCACUGCAGAAACCACAGCAGAAAAUAUUCGUGUUGUUCUGGCGCGUGAAGACACACGCUCGACCGAGCUGUCAAGGCGGCGACAGCAGAAAAAUCCUGGUCUGCGUCAUGACCGGUUUUUUCGAAUAAACGAGCAGCGUACAUUGUGCGAGAAUCGGGCAACUGGCUAACCGUAUGUAUUUAUGUAGAUGACCGAAAUGAUGCGAUGCCUGUUUGUUAUAUUUUUUUUUAUAUCUCACGCCUUGCGGUGGCCAAGGUCGAAAUAAUAAUUUUUUUCAAGCAGCCCGGUACGUCAAGAUGUUGCUGGCGUAAAAUAUAAAUUAAAUUUUUAUAACAAAGUUAUUUUUAUUUCAUAAAACAACUAGUAUAUUCUUAUAACUUUAAUUCUGUUAUCAUAAUAUUUUUUCUAAGCAUUCAUUAUCGAAAAGAACUGCUGUAAUGAUAUUCUUCUAUAAUUUACUAAUGCGGCAUUUAUGUAUCCGGUAUCAGUAUAAUUUUUGAGUUAAUGCGAAUAUGAUCAAGUUUUUGCUUAUUUUCAGAUUUCAGCUGACGCACGAAACGUGUUUAUCUUUAUAUAAGAAUCAAAAAUAGUGAUCUAUACAAAUUAAAAUAUUUUUCAAGCCCUUCAUGUUUGAAAAAUCCGAUACGUAUACAUUUAAGAUCAUGAUAGCGGAUUUAAACAUUAAUUCGUUUUUUCACGCUAGAUUCUUAUACAUACAUCCGUCGCAGACCUCCGAGCUCCGUUUUUGUCCCGUUACAUUCUUUGGCAUUCUGUUAAACGCAAUAGAACAGCUCUAGUUAGGGUUUCGUAUUGCGUACGCCUUCUUUACGAAGAAAAACGAGGAAACUGCAAAAAAUCCAGCAACGGCCGAUAGAAAUAAGGUUACUCACUCUAGGCAGAGUUCUCAAGAAAUCGUGAAUGGGGUGAUGAUAGGCAAUGAAGCGUACAAAGUCAAAAAGUAUGUAUAUGCAUGCAAUAUUAUUGUAUUACUGGCUACAUUUUCAGGAUUUUCAAAAUUGCUUAUACCAGUGUAAUCAACAAAAGCAAGAAUCGCGAGCACAAUGGCAACGAAAUUUCGCUCUCGCGGCGGCAGUGAAGGUCGAUACGUCGAACGUGACAUGAUACUCGAUGCGCAUGACUUUGUCCGCGUGGGUGAAGGACCACGACAAUGAGCUUGAAAGGAUGGGUCACAUACGCACAUCGUUGGAAAUAGAAGAGUAGUCAUCGCGAAGACACCAACAACUGAUUAAUUUUCUGCAAAAAAUGAAAACUGAAACGCAGUCAACGUUUGUACAUAGAUAUGGUAUUGUAUUGUAUAAGGCAACCGCGAGUACAAACUUUAACGAGCUAUUGUAAAGUCGAACAAGUACACGUCUAUACCUCGUAGUCGCAAAGUCCAUUCACACUACUGUGCCCAUCAAAUAAAUCUUGAUCCUUGAAUGGAUGCAUCACACAGUAGUGUCAUUAUAUGGCGCAUGUGCGCAUGGCCGAUGCCAAUCAACCACGAUCGCACACACAUAAAUGUAUUAUACAUGUACUCUGUAUACAAUAUAUCUGUAUAUAGGAAUCGAGGAGCUGCUGGCUCGCGACGGGCACCCAAAAGGAAUUAUGUAAAUUAGACGAAUGCCGAUGGCUGUGUGUUGUAUAUAGUUGCUCGCGGCAUCAGUGACGGCGUGGGGCGUGCGGACCGCUAACUUUGAGGUCUCUUUUGCUCCUUCUCUCUCUCUCUCUCUCUCUCUCUCUCUCUCUCUCUCUCUCUCCUCUGUCUUUCGCCUCUCUCGGCGUCUACGGUCAGCUCCUCCUACGUUUAUAUUAUAUACUCGCCGCCGGGGGGCUCCUCGAGGAGAGUUUUACGAGUCGCGCCGGCGCGACCGCAGCACGAAAAUUUUCGCGGCUUAGUCUGACUUUGACCUUCGGAAACGUCGCGAUAUAUACUCACUCCUCGAGUCGCUAGAUUGAUGUUAUAUGUACCAGGAAAGAUCAAUGUUUUUAAUGAUCCGUCGUUUUUUCUUCCUAUAUCUUCCGAUCGUUUCGCUAUAACUGGUAUAUCGGAUAAUUUCAAGGAUCGCAUAUGUUUAUUAGUCGCGCGGAUGCUUUGAGCGAGUGCGGAAUAUUUUGUGGAUUAGAUAUUACAUGUGCUGUUUUUUUUUGUUGACGGGCGGAGAUAUACGACGUGGUAUUAUAGAUGUGUGGAGAGUAUAUAUUUGGUAAUGAUCUAGUCCGGGAAGUUGUUUUUGAAUUUCCCGCGGUCAUCGACGUUUCGAGGCAUUAUCCAUAUUAAUGAUUCGAUCGAGAAGACUGUGUACACAAGGCGUAGCACGUAGUGGACUGGUUUUUUUCCUGAAAGAAAAUACGAAUAUUAUUGAAUGGAAACUGCGAUGAUGUCAGUGACGAAAUAACAAAAGCACAUCAGAUCGAGCUCGUGAGUGUUAAAAGUUUGCUAGCCAUGCGUAACAGUAUAAUCAAAACUGUCAAACGGGAUACGUUACUGUUAUUUUUGCAUAAAUAAAUUCGACACGUCAAGGCACUGUACGAACAAUUUUAACAGAAGGACAUUCCUUCACAGGUAACACACAAGCACGAAAAUUCAAUCACGUUUACGGUUCUUCAACUUCCAUUUCACGCAGUGCAGCAAAAAGUGAAUCUUCGUAAAACUUUAUCGCUCCCUGCAGCACUCGCCGCGCACGAAUUAACAUCCGCGCGAUAACGACCGAAAUUCAGCACUGACUUCGUGCACCGCAGACAAAGCAGCGAGAGGACCGAAUAAGAAGAAAAAAAAGAAGACCAGCACAAAAACAGGACGCACAAAGGAGACGGCAUUCCUUUGGGAGAACAAACAGUGAUGAAGCAAAGAUCGCGAA